AGUUGACGGUCUUUCUAAUUCAUAUUAUACGCAUGCUCAUUGGUCGGUGUACCAACACACAGACGCUGUGAGCUGUAUGUGACUCGAUUCAAGGCUUUAAAAUGUGAAAUUACGGACGAAAACAAAUCUUGGAAAAUGCGAGCGUUGGUGGUGACAAUAUGGGUCUUCAUAAAUUUAAUAUUUUUUGGCAUGUGCGGGUACAUGUACGUCCUCUGGUCUCAAUACUGGAUGUACAUCGAGAAGGAUGUCUACGCAACAACGAACAACUAUGAACAACAAAUCUAUUCCUAUAAUCGAGGACUGCCACUCAACGACACAUCUAAAUCUGAUCAUAGCCACAAAAGCAACAACACCAAACACCACAGUACUCGCGAUGUUGACAAUGUUACUAUUAUCAAAAAUGCCCGCCCGCGGUUCCCUAAUUUACAGGGGGACGACUUCGUGCUGGACACCCAAAAGUAUACCUGCCUGUUCAACGACAGUACAAACGAAUGUGAUAGCAAAAUCAAGCAAUACAAGGAGAAGAUUCUCAACGAGUUGAAGCGGGUGUUCAUGGACGAGGGCAACGUCCUCAAGUCAGGGUUGGACAAUCAGAACCCAUAUAACGUGCAAUACAAGGGCGCACGUGAGAACCACCUGAAUAAAGACCGUGAGGUGCUCAUGUGCGAAUUCAAGAAAGUCAACGUGAGCACAGCCCGCCGCACACAGGAACCCUUUAGUCGUAACGUGUUCAAAGACUUCAUACCAAAACGCGAUUUUCUCGAAAAUAAGAAGUAUAAGACCUGCGCGAUUGUUGCAAGUAGUGGUUCGUUGGUGAACUCGCGUCUGGGACACUUCAUCGAUAAUCACGACGUUGUGUUGCGGUUUAACCAUGCGCCCACCGACGGGCAUCAGUUGGACGUCGGGCGCAAAACAACAAUCCGCAUUUUGAACUCACAGGUAGUAAGCAAGGAGCGCUUCAAGUUCUUGGAAUCGAAGAUCUACAGGAACAUCACGAUACUGGCGUGGGAUCCCAGUAACUAUACGUCCACACUGGAGGAAUGGUAUCAGCAUCCUGAACAUGACCUUUUCCCCAACUAUUUGACCUUUCGCAGACGUAAUCCUAAGACGAAGGUGUACCUCCUGAAUCCGAAAUCGCUGUGGAACUUGUGGGACUUUUUGCAGCACAAUUCACCGAGCAGACUGAGACGCAAUCCGCCAUCUUCCGGUUUUUUAGGUUUAGCAGUUCUCUUGCCACAUUGUGAUAUAGUGAAUAUGUUUGAAUACAUGCCUUCGAAGCGUGUCACGAAGAAAUGUCACUACUACGACACUGAAGACAAUCCUGCGUGCACCUUCGGCGUGUGGCAUCCAUUGGCGGCGGAAAAACUACUUGCGUAUAGCCUGAAUACUGCCAACGACAAGGCCGUUUUUCACAAUGGUUAUCUAACGAUUCCAGGUUUCGAUAAAGUAUCCUGCUAGCUUUUUGCAUAUCUUAAAACGUCUUUUCGAUAGUUUUAAUUAUCAAUUACGUACGACAUAGUGAUCUCAAAUGUUUACCAAAGAAAAAAAAAACUUACAAUAAUGUAAUUAAUCCUUAAAUAAGAUUAAAGUAUGUAUCAUAGCGUC